GUUCCGCCUCUUGGCGUCGUCGAGCCCCAGCAAGGAGUCAGGGAGAGUUCCCUGUCCGCGGGAUCCUCGACGACCAGCACCACUCUGGAAAGUACCUCUGCGCAAACCACAUCAUCGGUAGGAAUUACAACAUCCACUGAAACCACGGUUUCUCCUGGAAGUACAUCAUCCCCCGCAAGCACGGCCGAAAGCACAGUGUCUUCAGGAAGCACAUAUUCGUCAGAAAGCACAAACUCUACAGACACUGCGACUCAAGAGACGGACGCGCCCCAACCUGGGCUGUCGGGCGGGGCCAUCGCGGGGAUCGUGAUCGGCUCCCUGGCAGGGGUGGCCCUUCUGGCGGGCGGCGUGUACCUCCUCAAGGCGAAGGGCCUCCUGUGCUUCGGCUAAUCCUCCUUCCGCGCCUCUUGCUGCGUCUGGAGGAGCGACGAGCCGCGGGACGCUCCCCUGACGUCCCGAGAUCUGUUC